UGGUACUAAAGUUAACUUUUACUUUUUACUUAAUUACAGACUCCCUCGAGGAUAUUCGUCUGCCAUCAAAAAUUGAAGUGAUUGUCAGCCCUGCUACCAUGGAAGCAUUCGGACGCGUUCAGACUGUCGCUCAAAACCCUCGUGUUCGCACCACUGUGCCACUUCAUAAGAAACUUGUAAAUUUUAUUAAAACCUUUCAAUUAAAAUGGAAAAGCGCCGAUCAAAAACUGGCAGAAGAAGAACUGAAAUUAUUUCCAUUACUUGGUGCUGCAGCAAACAUUUCACAUUCAGCAGAGUGUAAUGGUGUGCAGUCAGCAGAUAACACUGAGAAAAUACCCGCCUUCCAAGAUCCUGAAAUGUGUUUUUUACCCAAACCAGGUGUUGCUAUACACCGCCCAUUAUUGAGCAUAACGGAAUACCUUGGUAGUGGAAACAUUUGUCUUACCGCUUAUGAGGAACGUAUGGGUGUGAAAGUGCGUGGUGAAACACUUUUUCAGGAGAGAGCUGCUAACAAACGGCCACGCACGGAAAGCGGAUCAGAAAAGCGAUCACCUGAUUCGAAGAAAAAUAAGCAAAUAAGUAGUCCGCCAUAUGAGAAAACUGAUUGUGAAGGACAUAUUGGUGAUGCAGCGGUUAAAGAAGAAAUUGGCAUAACGCCAGAUCAAGAGUUGGGCCCACAUAAAGGUGAAAGCAGCAGCGAUGAGUUGAGUGAUGAAUUGCAUGAGUUGUUGAAUGCCGAAGUGGAUGACAAUGCGCACAUCAAGGAGGGGCCUGAUAAUUCGCAAGAGGACGUAAAGUCAACCUUAACUGCAAGUGACACAGUAUACACGACAAAUUCAAAUCCCCACACUUCCAAUCACAACCAACACACUACCGCCAAUCAGACGCGUAUGCGACGAAACGCUAAUACGCGCGGUGCUGGACGCACCAGUGCACCCAAUUUUAGGCCACUCAUCAGUGAGGGAGUUAUACGACGCAUACGAAAGGGCUGGACCGUUUCAACUGCGGCAGAUAUAACCAUCGGGGAUCUUUAUGUGGUUCUGGGGCAGGAUUCUAAGCUCGAACUGGAGUACUACUGGACAGAUAGGCAGCAACAAGCGCUACCGAUUGCGAACGGUGCUAGCACAAGUACUGCUGUGAAUAAUGCAAACACCAUAAAUGGCACCGGUGGCUGCAGCGUGGCACUAGUUGGAAGCAGUAGUCCAAACGUUGCGACUGUACUUGAUUCCAUGACGCAGUCGGAUACGAAAGUUUUCAUGCAAAAGCAAAGUGGUAUGCCGUACAAUCCAAAUGAAUGCGAUGAUCAUGAACUGCUUAAAUCACUUUCUUCCGCUGGCGUUGCAAAUAAACUUAAGCAUCUGCUGUUGAUUGCCAAUUUGAGCGAAAGAAUGCGUAAACGACAGUGUUCCUGUGGACAUAUAUGUGAUCGUAAUGUAGCAAAAACAAGACUGGAACGCAAUUUGGCCACAAAGACCUAUGUCUCCGCAAAAACGUUUUCCACCAAUAACCCCAACGAGACCAAUACCGUUUUUCGACAGCCAGUGGUGCCUAUACGACGUCCGCUAUUCAAUAUGGAU